AUGGAAGGUGUAGGUGGAGGUAUGGUCGUCCGGCCGGACGGCCAUUCAUCUCCUCUGGAAGCAGCUUCGCCUGCGGUGGCGGCGGCAGGCGCUGCUUCUCUGGACCUGUCUCUAACACUGGCCCCUGUGUCACCACCACCACCACCACCACCACCACCUUCCUCCUCUUGUUGGGCUGCAGCACAUGUUGUUCUUCCUUCUUCUACCGGCACCGGUGGCAAUUACCAUGGCCAUGGUGGUGGGAGGCUCUUCUCGUGCCUCUUCUGCGAGAAGACCUUCCUCAAGUCGCAGGCGUUGGGGGGCCACCAGAACGCGCACAAGAAGGAGAGGGCCGCCGGCAGCUGGAACGCCCACCUCUACCUUCCCGCGGCAGGGGUAGCCAACCAGCCGGCCGUCGCGACAUCCAUGCUGCCGCCGACCUCGCAGCCCGUACGUACGCCUACUAGCAGGCUUGUCGACGACCACGAGCAGCAGCAGCAGCAGCUUGAUCUUAGCCUCAAGCUCUAG